AUGCGGUUCGGGACAGUGGGAAAGUGUGAAAAGCACCGAAAGCGCUGGAAGCCCGUCCGUGGCUUGUCCAGGGCGGCGUCGCCCGCGGGGCCUCUGCAGGGCGCCUGGCCCUCGGUGACCUCAGCGGAGACCGCGGGCCGCGCGGCGGAAAGCGAAGGCGGGUCCCGCGGUCCGAGAGCGCCGCAACUUGCUGGCCCCAGGGGCCCGCGGGGGAGAGUCCGGCCUGGCCCUGAGAGGCGACUAGGCCACCCCCCGCCACGCGCGGGCCUGGGGCGCGGAGUCACCGAGCCUCCCCCGCCGCGUCGGGGCGCUCCAGCCGCGGGGUCCCGGCGCCCACAGAGGGCGCUCUGCGCUGGCCUGCCCUGCUGGGGUGAGGGCGGUUGGACGUGGACGCGGCCAACAUCCAGCCCCUUCCGUCCAGCCGCCCGCCGGGAAGUGUGUGGGCGGCCACGCUGGAGGGAGCCCACGCAGCGGCAGAGGCCAGACUUUCCUAGGCCCUGGAUCCGUCCGGAGGGGACGCGGAGCGUCUCUCAUUCCGCCAAGCAUUUAUUUAUUCAGCAGCUACUACGGAGUUUCCCAGCCCCCAAACUCCAACCAGGUCUACACCACAGUCCCCCAUCAUAUUCUUCCGGGUUACCAAGCAGCUUCUUUUAA